AUGUAUUUAAAUUAGAAGCAUAAUACAUCUUGGAUGACAAGAAUCUAAACUUUUAUCAAUUCAAGUUAAUAAUUAUUGUCACUUAAUCUGUUAAUAUUAUUGAAUGUAUUCAUCAAAUCAACAUUUUAUAAUAUUUUUGACAAGUCUAACUUUGAUAACUGUUCUUCGAUUCUAUGGAAAUCCAACGUAAUCAUAAACAUCAUAAUAUUUGUCCCUUUCGAUUUCACAAUAAUCUCACACUAUCAACCAUUUAAUUCAAACAUUAAUUUGGAGGAUUAUUAUCUUAAUAAAACAAAAGUCCGGGUUACAAUUAUAUUAAAAGAAUUAAAAAAAGUGGAAAAAUAAUGUAAGCAUAUGAAAUUAAGUAACCAAAUUUUUAAAAUUAUUAAUAUUGUCUGGGGGCAAUACUAAUAUCAUAUUAUUAGAUUGUUUCUUUUGAUUUAUUUUAAGUUAAUUUAACAAAAAUAAUUUAGUUAUAAAAAUGAUACUAUAAGAUUAUGGGAAAGAAUUAAAAAUAAGUGGUAAAUAUGA